CCGUCAAACAUCUGCGCGUUAGCCGGGCUACUGACGGAAGUAGCGCUUUUUGCCCUCUAAAAUAAGAGGCUGGCGAUACCUUGGUGUAUUCUAAACAGAUAAAGACGCCGGCGAUAUUACAGAUAUUACAUUCUCUACCUGGCGGCUCGAAUGGAGGAAAGCCAGAUAUGUAGCCGAGCCGUUCCGGGCCACACCAAGCCGUGUCGAGAAACGAGAGACGGUGGCAGUCAGAGUGACAGCAGGACACGAGGCCCUGGCCCCAGGCUAUCAAAGGUAAACCUGUUUACCUUGUUAAGUUUGUGGAUGGAGUUGUUUCCUCAGGAGGAAGCUGAGGAGGAUGACAAUGAUCAGGUCCGGAGGGUGGGACUGGUGGUGGUGCAGGACACUAAGGUGGUUGGACUUCACUGUUCAGGAGCUGAGCUCCAUGCAGGACAGGCGGCAAUCAUCCAACAUGGAGCCCGACUGGCUGACUGUCAGCUGUUCUUCUCCAGGAGACCCUGCGCUACCUGCCUCAAGAUGAUCAUCAACGCUGGAGUCGGUCGGAUCUCUUUCUGGCCCGGUGACCCUGAGAUCAGCAUGCUGAAGCCCGCCUCUACAAACCAUUCCAACUCCAGCAGUUCACCUCAGUCCAUCACAGAGGAAGCUGCGCUGGACGCCCUGGCAACGGAGAAGCUCAAGUCCAACAGCCGUCCUCACAUCUGUGUGCUGCUGCAGCCGCUGGCGCCCGGCCUGGCGCAGUUUGUCACCGAGACGUCCAGAGAUUGUGAUUUUAUGCAGACGAUGGCUGAUGAUGACCCGACGCUGAACACAGAGGAGCUCUUCAACAGACAGCGCACAAGACACCUGAAGGACUUCUCCAGACACUUCUUGGUGGGUUCGUCUCAGCAGCACCAGGAGAUUUUGACCCAAAUGGGCCUGGAGAACUUCAGCAUGGAGCCCUACUUCUCCAACCUGAGGAACAACAUGAGGGAGCUGGUGGAGGUUCUGGCUACAGUGGCGGCUGGGGUGCCACGGCAACACUACGGCUUCUACAGGGAACAGUCGGCCACCUCCCUCCCUCCACGUCAUGAGGAGAUGCCCCAAGAAGUAGCGUGUCACUGCAUCAUACAAGCCAGGCUGCUGGAGUACAGGACAGAGGACCCUAAAGUGGGUGUGGGUGCUGUUAUCUGGGCCAAAGGACAGCUGGCUGGCUGUGAUGGAACGGGGUGUCUGUACCUGGUGGGUUGUGGGUACAACGCCUACCCAGCGGGUUCCCAGUAUGCAGAGUACCCCCAGAUGGACAACAAACAGGAGGACCGCCAGAGACGCAAGUACAGAUACAUCAUCCACGCAGAGCAGAACGCCCUCACCUUCAGGACACGAGACAUCAAGCCAGAGGAGUCCACCAUGCUGUUUGUGACUAAAUGUCCGUGUGACGAGUGCAUCCCUCUGAUCAGAGGAGCCGGCAUCACACACAUCUACACCUCCGACCAGGACAUGGGCAAAGACAAGACGGACAUUUCCUACCUGAGGUUCAGCAGCCUGAAGAACAUCCACAAAUUCAUAUGGAAAAGAAGCCCUUCCUCGGCGCCUUCUCCUCACCUCGCCAAUGGUUGCAUCGGGAAGCACCACAGGCAGACGGAGCACGAGAGCAACAGCAACAAGAAGCUGUGCACCAACAGCUGGACCACGUCUCCACUCUUGACGGACAGCUCCUGAGGUCCCGCCUUCUCGCAGUCCGCCACCACUGUGUACUUUCCUGGAGCCUUUAGAGGGCCAGAGGUCACCAAAGUCAAUGGUGUCAUCAUGGCAAAUUCAGCUUCUUCCCGACUUCAUCCUCGGUGUCGGAGUUCAUGGGAUCCUCGCCGCUGGAGUAUCCAUCGUUCUCUUCUGAGGCGUCCACGGAGAGAGACGCCUUGUUCCAGCCUGGAGGAAGGAAAACCAAAAAAAAGGGUGUGAACGUGCAGCAGGUUGGUGGUGGCCUCGGCAUCGUUGGGUAACUCCGUCUCUGCCAGCUCAGUGCCGAACGCCUGCAGCGUCUGAGCCGUGGUCUUCACCAUGAGGGCGAACGCCUCGAUGGCCUGUGGAGGACACAGGGAACCGGCCAAUGGCAGCAGGCGACCUUGAAUGGCCUUGAUGGAAACGGCGUCUCACGGGAAGAUGUACGACCUUCACUCUCCAGUAAGACUGAGCGUCAUUCGCUGGUGGAUAAAGCAGGCGUUUCCAACAAGGACAUCCGCCGUUGGGCAGAGAAGUGAGGAGGACAUCUCGCCACCUGGUCUUCAUGCCUUCAGGUUGACGGCCACAGCAAAGACCUCCAGACAUGACAAACACCCCUCUGCUCGCCUUUCUAAUGAGGUUCUUUGACUUUGUGCCCCGCCUGCCUGUUUAUCUGUCAGCCAUCCAGCUAGUGAGCAGACAUCUCACCUGCUGGUGUAAUGAGACAUAAGCUGGAGGCUGGACCUGCCGACCGGGGCUAAAAGUGAAGUAUUUAUUACACAUAUAUGGAUGUUUUAUGUGUACGAACAUGAAGAAGAAGCAAGAAGUAAGUUUGCUGUUACCAAAACUAAAGUCUCAUGAGGCUCGUUUUAACUUUCACUAAAGCUUUACUAUUAACCCUCGUGUCGUCCUGCGGGUCAAAAUUGACCCAUUUUAAAGUUUGAAAA